AUGGAACCGAUAUACAACUGGACAAAGGAUUACUUCUUGUGCCAUGAAGAAGAGUGUCUUAAAAAGUUGAAGAAAGGAUUGUCACUUGAAGAGAAAAUUGAAUUAAGAAGUAAUCUUCAUUUUAAGGAAAACAAUUCUUUAGUGCUGCUUAAUCACUUUAUGAUAACUGACAUAAAGGAACCAGAAUUUUACUGUGCUAAAUAUGAAGUUACUCAGGCAGAUGGAACAGUAUCGGUUAGAAAUGGAAAGUAUUCAGACAAGCUUAAUAUUUUGGAUAAUGAAAGUUGUGAUGAUCCAGGAAGUAAUUUAGCUGAACGACAAAUUUGCUUCAUUACUGAAUCAGACACUAAUAAUUCAUGGAUUAAAGAUUAUAAUGUUGUUUCAAUGAAUUCGAACAAACGGAAGAUUGAUAAUGUUCAAAAUGAAAAGACAUAUUUAUUGAAAGUUUAUGAUGCAACUGAGAUUAAAUUAAAUGAGUUUAUAGAAGUAAUUGGAUUUCUGCAUGCAAAUACUCAUAUUCAAAGUGAUAGCAUGGAACAAGAUGAUGAUAGUACAGAAGCUCAUUUACCAGCAUAUACAAUUCAUGCGAUUUUAUUUAAAGAACUCGAUCACAAUAAUCCAAUCAUUAUUCACGAGCCAGAAAAUUGUCAACAGCAUGAUCAGUCAUUAGAAGAUAUUAGACAAGAUUUGAUGAAACUUUUUACACAAUUUUCAUUUGGUGAUGAAGUUGUUGCACAUUACAUGAUGUGUCAUCUCAUUUCCUGCAUAUACUCUCGAGUUAAUGAAGAAGCUCUUGGAAAAUUCACAUUAAAUCUCAUUACUCAUGCCGUACCUUCAGAAAUCAUGACUGAAUAUGUCAAGAAGCUUUACAAUCUCUUUGAAAUUCUCGUACCAAAUUCAAUGUACUUUCCAAUGACCAUUGAGAAUCUUAACACCUCAAGUUUCAUUCCGAAAAAGGAUUAUGUUACAAAUAAUUUAAGCACUGGUGUCUUACAGCUUCCAAAAAGUACUCACAUCAUUCUUGAUGAAACAAAACUUGAAAAUGGAAAAUUAGAUCAAGCUGGAUGUAUUGCAGUUCAAGAUCUCUCUGAUCUUAUUCGUUCUCAACAACUCAAUUAUGACUUUCAAUUCUACAAAAUUCCAUUUAAAACGGAUAUCCCAGUAUUGAUAAUAAGUGAAGGAAAGUCUCUUUUGCCGAGUGAUUUCGCAGUUCCAGUCAAACCUGCUGACGCAGAUUCAGUUCGUCUCAUUAACGAGCAUUUCGCAGCUGGCAUUCAUUAUAUGAGACCUAAAUUAAAUGCUUAUAGACGUUACUUGACAAAAUGCCGCUUGCAAUCAUUCGAUAUCAACGAUGAAGAAAUUAAAAUGAUUGAGUCUGAUUUUGUGAAAAUGCGUGAAAGUUCCAACAGUUUUCAAGUUGAACAUUUACAUUCAUUAUUGGUGCUGUCACGUUUAUUAGGAAUAUCAAAAGGUCUGACAAUAUUAGAUGCUGAUUCGUGGGAAACAGCAAAACGCCUCGAACUAGAAAGAAUGAAUCGAAUGGAUAAAAGAACUGCCAAUGAGCCUUAA